AUGGCUCAGGAAAAUUCUAGCACCAUCACCGAGCUCGCCCUACUUGGGUUUUCCAAUCACCCCCAAGCUGAGAUCCCCCUCUUCCUCCUCGUUUCUCUGGUUUACCUGGUCAAUCUCUUUGGCAACACGGCAGUUAUCAUUUUGGUGGUAAUUGAUUCCUGUCUCCAGACGCCCAUGUAUUUUUUCCUCUGUCACUUGGCGUUUCUCAACAUAUUGUACACCACAGCUGUGGUCCCCAAGAUGCUCUUCAACCUCCUUGCCUCCAAGAAAGUCAUCUCUUACAAACUCUGCCUGGCCCAGACCUACAUCUCCCUGUUCAUGGGAGCAGCGGAGUGCAUCAUUCUGGCAGUCAUGGCCCUGGACCGCUACGUGGCCAUUUGUCACCCUCUGCGGUACCUGCUCAUCAUGAACUGGUCUGUGUGUGUGCAGCUGGCUGUGGGGGCCUGGGGUAUCAGCUUCUUUGUCUCUGUGGUGCCUCUCUACGUCACCAUACCUCCCUUCUGUGGCCCUUACAUUAUUGAUCAUAUUUUUUGUGAAGUCCCUGUUCUUCUUCAUAUGGUCUGUGGUGACACAUCCGUGCAGGAGACCAUGAUGGUGAUAGGAGCAUCUGGUACCCUCCUCCUCCCCUUCCUCCUCGUUGUCCUCUCCUACGUGCACAUACUGGUUGCUGUGAUGAGGAUGAACUCAGCUGAGGGUAGGAAAAAAGCUUUCUCUACCUGCAGCUCUCACCUGGCUGUGGUGACCAUUUAUUAUGGGACAGGGAUGUUCAUGUACAUGAGGCCCAAAUCUCUAUAUUCCGCUGAAGGCGAUAAACUGAUUUCCUUGUUCUAUGCAGUCAUCAAUCCUGCUCUAAAUCCUCUAAUUUAUAGCCUGAGAAACGAGGAAGUGAAAAGAGCCUUAAGGACAGUCCUAGAGAGAUGGCCAGUGUCCCAAGGCAGAAGAUAUUAA